CGGUUGGAAUUCUUGGCUCGUCUCGAUUCUCUGUAAGUACCUACAUCCUAGAACUUGCUCUUCCGAACUUGCUCUUGCGCACUGGCAGCAUUCAUCGGACCUUCCUGAACUCUCGUUUUGUGCACUUACUUCAAUGGUUCAACUCGGAAAGCAGGAAAGCAAGCCAUGGUUUACUACCUAUCUCACACCACGUAUCUCUUCCGAGCAAGGCGACGGCGAUAGAAGCGCUAGCUGUGAAAGUCAUGUUCACAUAACAAUGCAACAACUAGAAGAUGGAUGCGUACCACAGUGGGCUACCCGAAGAAGAAGUUCAGUAUCAUUAACAACGCCCGAAUCCAUGGUCUGAAUUACCGGCAGAAUGCAAACUUUGAUAUUCUGAUUCCAGACUACACAGGGUCUCCAUAUCUUUGAAGGAACUGUGCAUGAGAAAAUGCAUGUAUUCUCUUGCAAUUGUCGCAGUCCACUCGCAGUCAGUCAUCCAUGGAGACUUGAGCGGUAAUAUCGACAAGAAUGGAAUAGCAUUAUUGCCCACCAAUCCCACGUGCACCGCGCCAUAUAUGGCGCCAGAAUAUUUGAUAUUCGAUGAUGAAGGCAAUGUGUCACUGGCAUUCAGUCCAAAAAGCGAUGUGUACUCUUUUGGAGGGAUCAUGCUGCAAGUUUUGGAGGGCAAGAUCCCAUACCAUUAUGUUGCCAGAUAUGAAGCCAUAAUUCACUGCAUAUCGCAAGGAAUAAGACCCAGAGGGCCGCCUGCACCUGUUGUAGGUGACGUUGACUGGGAUUUCAUUCAGAGUUGUUGGUCACCGGAUAUGGAGCAUCGACCCUCUGGCGAAGCCAUCCUAGAAUUUGUGGAAGGACGGGCUGUCCUGAAUUAGUCACAGGUUACUAGAACAAAUAAGCAUGUUAUGAUUAGACUGGUGACUUUGAUCCAUAAACAACUCGCGUCAACAUCGAG